ACCACCUGGGAAAAGGAAGCAGAAAAAGGAGAAAUUGCAACAGCCACAGAACUUCCUUUAUUUCUCACUCUUGGGAUGUGCCUGUCAAGCAGAAAGCAGCCAAGCCAACGGCAGAGGACAGCCCCAGAGGAAGAACGCUCCGGCCCACAGAGGAGGUCCCAUACUCUUCCCUGAGGUGGGCCCCAGAGAUCGGUCAGCUGGUGGUGACUUAUACUCCUUCACUUCCUGGACCAUUAGAAGCCCAGCCUAUGUUUGAAACCUGACCCUUUGAAGACUUGAACUAUUUUGAAGUAGCAGCUCCUCCCCAGGCCUGCAUGAGUUUGCAUUCCUUCAGAAAAGAAUAGGAAUGGCACUGGCCUUUCUCCCCUAGGAUUUAGCAGUGGCCACCAUGGGUUCUGUGAAUUCCAGGAGUCACAAGGCCCAGGUGGUGAUGAUGGGCCUUGAUUCAGCAGGCAAGACUACGAUCCUGUACAAACUGAAGGGCCACCAACAGGUGGAGACCCUGCCCACUGUUGGUUUCAACGUGGAGCCUCUUAAAGGUCCUGGGCAAAUGUCCCUGACUCUUUGGGAUGUCGGGGGACAGACCCAACUCAGGGCCACCUGGAAGGAUUAUCUGGAAGGCACGGACAUCCUCGUGUAUGUGCUGGACAGCACAGAUGAAGCUCGCCUGCCCGAGGCUGUGACUGAACUCAUGGAAGUCCUGAACGACCCCAACAUGGCCAGUGUCCCUUUGUUGGUACUGGCCAACAAGCAGGAUGCUCCUGAUGCUCUUCCGCUGUUUGACAUCAGAUGCAGGCUGGGCCUGGAGAGAGUCCAGGAUCACUGCUGGGAGCUCCGGGGCUGCAGUGCCCUCACUGGCCAGGGGCUGGCCGAGGCUCUGCAGAGUCUGCAGAGCCUGCUGAAAUCCCGCUGAAGUUCCACAGCCACCUGUGUGGCCAGGACCGGACAGACUGAAUAACUGGGCCAGUGGGGAGCUCUGAGUCUUUGCCUGAAGCCACAGUCCUUAAAGUUGGUCUUAAUAAUCCCAGGGAGUUCUUCUUCCAUCAUCCCUCUCAGAGAAGAUACUUCAUAAUAACCAUGCCCAGUUCACGCCAACCUUAACUAACUCCUUGCUGGUCUGCCUCCUGCUUGGAGGGAUUGAACAACAAAUGCUCUCACAGAAUUACCCAGUUAUGGGUUCUAGGAUGUUAACUAUACCAUUAUCUGGAUAGAAGGUGGGUUCAGAGUCCAAGGGCAGCUCUGCCAGUCUUCUACUCACUGGUUUCUGAAACAUUAGCCUCCAGUGAUCAUCGGAAUCCCACAGGGCAUGUCCCUGUGUGGCCUCCUGGGAUUUCUGAUGUCCCCUGUGCAUGUACUCUGGCCUGUCAAGCUUCCAUUUCCAACGGGCAGUUCUCAUAUGCCCAUGGCAGUGGGAGCAGUCCUCUGAGGCACACAACUUUAGGAAGUCUCAUAUUAUGCUUGCUCUUUUGGAGGCUUAGCUUCCUUUCCUAUCUGUACCUUCUGUUCAAAUCCUACACGUUAUUUAAGAACCCUCAGAUCCCACCUCUCCAGGAAGCUUGGCCUGCAUGCUUUAGAGAGAGAGAGAGAGAGAGAGAGAGAGAGAGAGAGAAUUCUCCCUGUUAAAAAUAAGAGACUUCACUUCCACAUUUAGUUUAGGAGACUUGUAACUUUAAGUUCUUUCCUCUGGCUCUUUGAGAUUUAUAUAAAUGGUUUUAAAAGCUAAAUAAAUAAUAAAAUCUUUGGGACUCAGGGAUGUGUUUUUCAAGGACCACGAUGAAAUCAUCAAGUCAGGCAGAUGGGGUCUCCCAGCUUUAGUGAGAAGGCAGAAGCCUAACCUUGCUUUAAGCUGCAAAACCACCCUCUUCCCCUCCUACCCUCAUCCUAAAGACAGCAGACGUUUGUUUUUCUUUAGGUGAAGCCAAUUAGCUCACAUGGAUGGUGACCUCAUUUACCAGGUGAGGCUAGGGUGAACUGUGUGUGACAAAUGGUUUCGUCAGGCCCUCUUGCUUCGGGACUAAUGUCACUGUGUGCCGUCUGUCAUUGCAGUCUCUCAGGGAGAUGGGAGGUUUACGAUGGUUGCAUGUCUACUCAGUAACAAAACAACUUUCUCUGUCUCCUUUGUGGAGACGCCUGCUGGAUUGACAGGAGAUUUGUUUUCAUUAUACUUUCCUCCUGGCCCCAUCGCUCGCUUCUGUGAGCUUUUAGUUACACCAUUUUCCUAAUCAGGAAAAGUAUGGGGGAAAUAAAGGGUACUCGGCCCAAAUGUAUCCCAGUGAACAAAGGAAAAUGAGGUGGUUUUUGGAGGGCACUUAAUUAGGAAGGAUGAGCAUGUGGUCAGCAUGACCAGCAAGAUCACGAGUGCCCCGUGACAGCUGCCCCUGAAGCCAGGGAAGGAUUUCACAGCGCAGUGAAGGCUGACCUCGAAUUUUCUUCUUGCACAGCUCAUAAAAGCAGCAGCUCAGGAAAAACAAAACAAUUUUAAGAAAGGACAAAAAGGAGUAUUUAUUUUCACCUCAGUGUCUUGAUUUCCACACCUCUGACAGGUUCACCCCAAGGAAAUUUGGCUAUGCAGCUCCAAAUUAUGUGUAUUUACAAUUCUCCCUCUGUCUCAUAUCCUGAGCUAAAUCCUGAUAACAAAUCCUCUGACUUCCUCCCUCCUCUCCAUACACAGGGGGGUGGGGCAUGGAUAUUUUUGCAGGCUACUCCAAGCAUGAAAUUGCAAACCUAAAUUAAUUCUCAUAAAAGCACUUCCAAUUCUUCAAAUAAAAAGGAAAUAUCAUGAUUAUAAAUGCUCUCUCAUUAACAUGACAUCAUGUCAUUUUGCAAUUUUUAUUUUAUCUUUUCUUAGAAUUCUACAAAUUUCAGCUUCAUGUGAGGUAAAGUGUAGCUUAACCUGGAGGGAAAAUAUAAAGAAUGUAAAGAAAUGUAUAUAAAGACUUUCAAGGUUAUGAAAAUCCUUUCACCAGCAGAUCAGCUCCGAGAGGAAUAUGCAACCUUAUCCUCUGCUCACUCGGUGCUUGAUUGCAUGUGAGUGUGUUGGCUCAGAGUCUGGCUUGUAGUCCAUCAGAAUUGAGUAGAACACCAGCUCUGCCCUUCAUCAACUGAUACCCUUGGACAGAUUAUUUAACCCACCUAAGCUCUGGCUGCCUUAUUUGCAGAAUGGGAAUGAUUGUAGGAGGUAACUGACAGGUUCUUAUGAGAAUUAAGUGAGAUAAUAGAUUCAUUUUGCCAACCUGCAUUUCUUGAGAACAUACUAUGUGCAAUUAACCCAGCUAUGUACAAGAGACAAAUGGAGAAAGGAGAUACAAAGCAAGUCCUUGCUCCUGAACUUCUAGCAUUGACCCAGGGACCAAUAUUAAGUCCCACUAAAACAAGUUAAAAAUGAAAAUGAAGCUGGCAGAAUGGCUCAAAUGGUAGAGCGCCUGCCUAUCAAACAUGAGGCAGUGAGUUCAAAUCCCAUACCACCAAAAUAAAAAUAAAAAAAAAAAGGAAAUGAAACAUAGACUCUGGGGGCCCAGGCUUUUCUUGCAGAUCCCUUCCCUUACCCUUGGAACUCUCUAGAACCCAACUUGUUUUGGAGGAAAGAGGAUGAUAGGGUUAGUAAAAGAGGUGGGAUGGGGUGGGAGAGCAGAGUCCAAGAACAAUGCUGGACCUUUAGCCUUUGGUCUCCAUCCUUCUGUUAUCAGAUGGGUGGACUCUAGAAACUCUGGUCAGAAGAUUUUCUGUGUGGAAAGAAUCCAGGCAGGACAUGUUGCUGUAGUAAAGUGAUAACAAAGUUUAUUAAAGGUGAGGGGAAGUUACCUCAGAAAGCUGUGGUGGUCCCUGCCAGGUGGACUGAAGGAAGGUGAGGAAAACAAGAGAGAGCUUUUGUUUCAAGGGACUUUGAUUUAUCUUAAAGACAAGUGGAACUCUCAAAAAAAAAAAAAAAAAA